CUGGGCUUGGAGUCUAGCCUGUUGGAGGGAGGACGGUGUGCUCCUCUUAGUGUCUUCACAUUCCGUCAUCUUGUUUGAUCAUCUCAUGUUAAAAGGAAGGCGGUAUUUGUGAAGCAUUCAAAGAAUUCUUCACUAAGCACUGAGCAAACUGGGCACCACUGUUAUAGGCAGUGAUAAGCAGGAAUCAAUAUUUAAUUUAACAUUUGUUUUCGAAUACAUCUGUGUGCAAUGGUCUGUGCUUGUAAAAAGAAUUCAAUCUCUGCCUUUGAUGGGGGCAAAAAAAAAAAAAAUACUGCCAACAAAUCUAGCGCCCGGUGGCAGAAAGUUCAGCCAACUGGUGCUUAUCUCUGAGGACUGAUGCCUGAUUUUGAAGAUCUGGGAGGAGCAGACUUUUGAAAGCCUUCUCCAGGAUGUGUGGAUACUUUUCUAUAAAAGUGACUGAAGUGGUGCUCAUGGGACCUGGGGCAGAGGAGCUGCAGUUGUCUAGACAUGCAUGGUUUGAAGUGACCAGGCUAGUUCUCAAGACAGAGAUUAAUUCGACAAGACAGACACUUGGAAUUAGUCUGACUGGGGAGACUUCAUUUUCUUCUUUGUACCUGACCAUUUAUGAUGAAGUGGCUUGUGAAAGUGUGAUGGUUGCUUAUUUCCUCACAGGGCACUUUUGAAAAAGAAAGGUUGAUCGGGCAAGCAGCAGUGUGGGAAGUAAGGCUGUAGUAAACACAGGUGAAAGAACCACUUGCCAUGGAAGCCAGGGAGCUGGAGAGUCCCACACCCACAUACCAUCUCAUUCCUGAGGCCAGCCAGCCUAGGGAGGAAGAAGGUGACCGCAUGCUGCCUCAGCAGGCCACAGAAACUAUGCAGCUGAAGAAGGAGAUCUCUCUGCUGAAUGGCGUCAGCUUGGUAGUAGGCAACAUGAUCGGCUCAGGAAUCUUCGUCUCACCCAAGGGCGUGCUGGUCUACACUGCCUCCUAUGGGUUGUCACUGGUCAUCUGGGCUGUUGGUGGGCUUUUCUCCGUUGUGGGUGCCCUUUGCUAUGCAGAACUGGGGACCACCAUCACCAAAUCUGGAGCCAGCUACGCUUAUAUUCUUGAGGCCUUUGGGGGCUUCAUUGCUUUUAUCCGCCUCUGGGCCUCACUGCUAAUUGUUGAGCCCACCGGUCAGGCCAUCAUCGCUAUCACCUUUGCCAACUACAUCAUCCAGCCUUCCUUUCCCACCUGUGAGCCCCCGUACCUGGCCUGCCGUCUCCUCGCUGCAGCCUGCAUGUGUCUGCUGACAUUUGUGAACUGUGCCUACGUCAAGUGGGGCACACGUGUGCAGGACAUGUUCACUUAUGCCAAGGUCCUGGCACUCAUUGCCAUCAUUGUCAUGGGCCUUGUUAAACUGUGCCAGGGACACUCUGAGCACUUUCAGGAUGCCUUUAAGGGUUCCUCCUGGGAUGUGGGAGACCUCUCUCUUGCCCUCUACUCUGCCCUCUUCUCUUACUCAGGUUGGGACACCCUUAAUUUUGUAACAGAAGAAAUCAAAAACCCAGAAAGAAAUUUGCCCCUGGCCAUUGGGAUUUCUAUGCCAAUUGUGACGCUCAUCUACAUCCUAACCAACGUGGCCUAUUACACAGUGCUGAGCAUUUCUGAUGUCCUUGGCAGUGAUGCUGUAGCUGUGACAUUUGCUGACCAGACGUUUGGCAUGUUUAGCUGGACCAUUCCCAUUGCUGUCGCCCUGUCCUGUUUUGGGGGCCUCAAUGCGUCUAUCUUCGCUUCAUCAAGGUUGUUUUUUGUGGGCUCCCGUGAGGGCCACCUCCCGGACCUCCUGUCCAUGAUCCACAUUGAGCGUUUCACACCUAUCCCUGCUUUACUGUUUAACUGCACCAUGACACUCAUCUACCUCACUGUGGAGGAUGUUUUCCUGCUCAUCAACUACUUCAGCUUCAGCUACUGGUUCUUUGUGGGCCUUUCUGUUGCUGGACAGCUCUACCUUCGCUGGAAGGAGCCUGAUCGGCCACGACCUCUCAAGCUGAGCCUGUUUUUUCCCAUCGUGUUCUGCAUAUGCUCCUUGUUUCUGGUGAUUGUGCCCCUCUUCAGUGACACCAUCAAUUCCCUCAUUGGCAUUGGAAUCACCCUCUCUGGGGUUCCCAUCUACUUCCUGGGUGUUUAUCUGCCAGAGUCUCGGAGGCCACUCUUCAUUCGGAAUGUCCUUGCUGCUAUCACCAAAGUCACCCAGAAGCUUUGCUUUUGCGUCCUGACUGAGCUAGAUGUAGCUGAAGAGAGACAGGCUGAGAGGAAAACUGAGUAGAGGCCAGAGGUGAUAUCCCCCAAGGCCUGGAAGACUGCUACCUGUGGCCACAGCCACCGAAGUCCAGAUUACAAGACUGUGUGGACCCAAGCCUUUUGUGCUAAAGGAGGGCUGUUGGCCCACAUUAUGUAAGGGGGAUUAGGGCUGAUGGCCUGCUCAGGUGUUCACUCUCAUCGGUAAGCUAUGGGAGGAAUCUCAGGGUCUGGGGCCAGCCUGAAGGUGGGGACUUCAGAGGGUGGUGGUGGGAGAGGACUUGGGCAGUAGGGGAAUGGUGGUUCAGUUUUGUUCUGGUGAGUAGGUGCAGCCUUUCCAAACACUUACUUGGUGAGUUGCACUGGGGGAAGAGGGAGUGCUAGGUUAACAGCUGGGGCUGUUGGUUUCUGAAUUUGACAUUUGAACCAGGAGUUUCUCUUAAGGGGAUGCUCUGUGGAAAGUUUUCCUCUGACCAGGUCCAAGCACCUGACUUUAGAGGUCUGAAAUAUUACCAUUUCUUCCUCUGGCUCAGAAUCCUUCCUUGGGGAGAGGGUUGUCUUCCAUUAUUUAUUGAUAUUAUUUAAUCCAGAACACCAGUUCCAGCAAAGCAUUGGUCUUCAUUAAUUUACAGGAUGUAAUAGGCUGAUUGUAUUUAAAAAUGGAAAGUACCCCAAAGUGAGUCCCUCUGACCUUAGAGGUAUCUCUGUGGUGGUUGGUGAGACUCUGACCACAGAUUUUUUUGCUUAGUUUUAGCACAGUCUUCUGGAAAGAUUUUUUUUUUUUACUCCUGUACCGGUUACACUUUAGUAUAUAGAUAGGUCACACGUUAACAAUCACCUGGUUCAAGUCCAGCAAGGACAGAUGAACAAAUGCGAGAGUCAGAAGCCUGGUAAAACUGCUACUUUGAAGGCUAAUCCUUUAUUUUACUUGAGACCUUAGUUCUUUGCUCUAGUUGGCAAAUCCCUGGUUUCUGGUAUGAAGUCUAAGAAGGCAGAAACUGUCCUAGGAUUCAGGUGAAUCACUUGAAUUCUUUCAGCUGACAGUGGCUUAGAGACCAUUUCCGGGACCCAAGCUGACAAGUAAGUUGUUCCUCUCUGUAAGGGCUGCUCUGAGGGGCUGCUGUGCAGACCCAUGCAAGCCCAUUGUGGUGCUAGAAGUGGUCAUUUUCCUGGAAACCUCACAUUAGGCUGCAUCGUCCUCCUUGUCCCCAACACCAGGCUUUGUUUACACUCUGAGCCACCUUGGUGUGGGUCAUCUGGACACUGCAGUCCUCUUCUGCCUGCCUCCCCUUGCCUGAGGUUUGGGGGGGCUGCAGUCUCAGGAAGAGCUUGGUACUUGUGGGAACUUGUUUUCUCCCUGUGGACAUCAGUGACGACUCUGGAAUAAAGCUGCUUCCACCUCCACCUGGCUCUUCAGCAGACUCACGAUCAGAAGCAACUAAUUCUGGUGCUCAGGCUGCGCUUUAGCUCCUAGGUGUGGCCAGAGUGGUACAUCUGACCUAACGGAUGUUCCUUCAUGGGCCACCAGGCUGCUCUGGAUUGGACAGCCGUCCAGUGUUGCUUCCAGAAACUCAUCCCGGACCCAGAAGAACCUGCUGGCUUGGUAUGCCCCCAUGGGGUUCUUGUCCUUAGGUUUUGAAAUCAAUGAUAAAGACAGGAACUAUGAGGCAGUCUACCUUUCUGAGCAUUCUUCUCCACCAUACUGGCCCUAGCUGCAGACAAGGGAGUGACAUUGGUCAUACUUGUUCAAUUAAGGCGAUUUAGGGGAGCAUGCUCACAGCUGCCUUUGGUUCAGGGUAUGCCUCUGUGAGAACACAGGAGUACAUUCCUCCUGUCAUGGGUUGUGGAUUUGCCUGACAACAGGGAGUCUUUUGCAAAGGCUGACUUGCCCAGACUAUGUAAACAUGACUCCUGUCUGACCCAAGCUGGCACCUAUCCCAGGGAUCCUCUGGAGCUAAUCCUUCGAGUAUGCUUGUCUUGAAGGAUCCCCCACGCAUGCUUUAAUUUUCUUCACUGAAGUAAAUGACCAGCUUAUCUCAGGAACUUGUCAUCUCCCAGUGGCUGCCAGGCAAGCAAGGACCUCACGCUCUGGGUUCCCUCAUACUUGCUUAGUGAGCCAGGUCACCCCCUCUCAUUACUGGAUGGUGACCGUGUUCUUCCCCUCUGUGUUGGAUACAGACUUCUCCCAGGAACCCUUCUGAGGGAGGGAAGCCAGAGACUCCCUACAGCACUACAGCUUUGUUGUAUAAUUUCUUCGAGGUCUUUGUUGUUGAUCUCCUUCAGUCCUUCUCAUGGUGUGCUGAUCCUUCUGCAGUGGGUACAGUUGGUGAAGCUGUCAGCCCUUUAAUAUUGGCAAACUUUAAUGAGUACAUUAAGAGCAGUGAGCACGUUAUAAUAGCAGAGUGGUUUUCAAUCCUUUGCUUCUAUGCCUGCAGAAGACUGAGAUGACUGGUAUUAAACCUGGAAGUUGUUGCCUGUUGUUUGCAGCACUGAACUGCACCUUAGUGGAUACUUAGGAUAGGAAACCAAGUCUGUCUAUUGGUUUUAUAACUGCAAGAGUAGGACAGAAGUGAAUCACUUUAGGAGGUUUAACAACUUCAUGUAGUUAAGAAUAUAGGCAAAGAUGUACAUAAAAUAGAAAGUGAAAUGGGUGGAGGUAGGAUAGAAAAGUAGAAAUGCUUAUGAAAUCUUAGAAUGGGCAGGAAGACAUUUCCUUGUUUAUCUUCCCUUGUGAGAGUAAGUCUGUGCCCCAGAGCAAGAGGGCACACCUUGAAUCGAAGGUUCUGUGUAUUGUUUCCCUAGACCUGUGCAACAUGGUAGCUACUAGCUAUAAAGAGCUAAAGUAUUCAAAAAGAGCUAAAGUAUUCAGUUCCUCCAUUGCAAUAAUCACAUUUCACAUGCUCAACAGCUGUAUGUGGCUAAUGGCUUCUACUGCACAGUGCAGAUAGAGAACAUAUUCGUCAUUACAGAAUAAAUGCCAUCUUAGUCAAAGUUAAGGCAUUUGUGGUUUGGAAAGGAGUAGGGACAGAGUUUGCUUACAAGAGAUACCAGUUUUGGUAACAAUAUUGGUCCUGUUGACGGCAGUUUGUUUUUGGUGACUGCUGUGACUAGUUAAAACAUUUCUCAGUGGAAAGCCAAGUUUAGGAUGUGCUUUGCUUUUCCUCACUUGCUUUAAGUCCUCAGUGUUUGAAACUUCUCACUUCCUUUUGGCAGGUGUUAGGGGAAGCAGGGAAUAUGGUGGGAAAACAUGUAAGACAAAUUUUACUUGCUCCCAAUGUUCAAAGUUUUUAUUAAAUACAUUUAUACAUACCUUGUUCCUUGGCACCACUGCCAGAGGAAACAAGCAAUCUUUACAAGUGUUAUCAGAGUCAGGAAGCAGGGAGGUAGGGAUAGCUGUUUAAAACCUCAUGUCGCAGGCAGAUUCUACUUCCUUUCCUAAUGGUCGUUACUGUCCAGUCUGUGCCACUGUAAGGGACUCACUGCAGCCUUUCUAGAGUCCCUCUAUCAAAAGAAACUGGCUUUUACUAGAGGCAGGUAACCUGGAAAAGCCCAGGCUUAGUGCUGAUAAAAUAAGAGACUCUCUUCCACUUAACUGGUUUCAGCGUAGGAGGAGAAUGGGAAUGUUGGGAAAAUGCCUGGGCCAGGAAGCUUCGCUUUUAUAGCAUUUCCCGCCUGUGGACUGCAGGGUUGAUUUUGAUCAAGAUAAACGGGCCCUACAGAUAGUAGAAAGGACAUUCCCUUAGUGCAUGUUUUCCCUGUGGUGGAAUGGUGCUGGUGGAUAUGCUUUUUCUUUCCCUGUAUUAGGCUAGGAGGAUGCUAACUACUGUGGCGGACCCUACGGUCACAGAUCCCCCAGGGGCUUGUGGUAGAACCUCGUGGUUAUCACAGCAUCAUCAGUCUGAAUCGAGGUCAUGGGGGCUGUCAUAGUCAAACUCCUUCUGCACAUCCAAAGGGUAUUUGCUCCACAUUGGUGGUCUGCUGUUGUCUCUUUCUUCUUCGCUGCUGCUGUAAUUGUCAGAGCCUAGAAUAAGAUAAUAAGAAUGGGCUCUAAUUGUAUGGUUUUCUAAAUGACCACAAAAGUCCCUUCCCUUCUCAAAAAGUUUGUUUUGUAUUAUAAAAUACUUGCUAGAAUAUAGAACAAUUAAAAAAGAAGCAAUAAAAUUCUUACCAUGUAAACCAA